AUGAAUGAACAAUUUUUUCUUCGCUGUGAUGGUAUUUCUGACAUCAACGCACUACCUCAACUUUCUGAAAAGACUUUCCGAGAAACAUUUACAGAAGACUUUUCUAUUGCUUAUCCUGAAAACGAUCUUGACACGUACUUUCAUUCAUCAGCUAGUCCCGAAAGUUUUGCUAAGAAACUAAUUGAUUCAAAACGGACUAUAUGGGUAAUACAAGAUAAAAGAAAUGAUGAACUUGUCGCUUAUGCUAUUGCUGGUCCUUGUGAUGACAUUCGCCAUCCUGAUGUUGACUUAAAGCAGGAUGAACAAAUUAAAGCACUAUUUAUUCGACGUGACCACCGAAAUCUUGGGUUUGGUAAACAAUUGAUGAAUAUCGUAUUACUUUGAGGUGCAACAACAUCUGUACCUAUAGAAGAAAUUGCUUUAACUGAUCUUUCAACAAGUUCUCGAUACAAAGCUCAUGAAGCAUCAUCUGUAACACAAACUACUCCUCUUGUUAAUUCAUGA